CUGACGUGGGCCAGUGGCAGGCGCGCACGUCAGAGGCAGCGUCGGCAGCAUAGCCAUGGCGGACAGCGGCCUGGGCGAGUGGUACCGCGGCAUCCCGCCCGUCACCCGCUACUGGUUCACGGGCUGCGUUGUGCUGCCCGUGUUGGAGCGGCUCAACGUGGUGAGCGGCAGGUCGCUGGUCCUGUGGGCCGAUCCCUUCUUCAACAACUUCCAGAUAUGGAGACCUGUGACUGCAUCCAUGUUUUACCCAAUGGGAUUCCAUUACUUGAUUCAGCUGUACUUCCUAUAUUCAUAUUCCUCUAGCUUGGAAAGAGGGUUCUUUGAUGGGAGAACAGCCGACUAUGUAUUUAUGUUGUUUUUCAACUGGAUUUGCACAGUUAUUGUUGCAUUACUCAUUGGAAUGCCCAUAUUGUUUAUCCCACUGAUUCUGACAAUGGUUUAUGUAUGGGCACAACUCAACAAAGACCAGACUGUGACAUUUUGGUUUGGAAUGACAUUUAAGGCUUGUUAUCUACCUUGGGCUCUGCUAAUAUUCAAUUAUAUACUGAGAAAUGCGAUAAUGGAUGAGCUGGUUGGUAUCUUUGUCGGUCAUAUGUACUACGUUCUUAUGUUUAAAUACCCUCAAGACUAUGGAGGAAGGACAUUUCUCAGUACACCACAAUUUCUGAUGCGAUGGCUUCCACCCAGGAGAGGUGGUGUGUCUGGGUUUGGAGUUCGGCCAGCGAGCAGAAGACCGCAAGUUGAAGAACAGGGAGGUCGAUGGGGGAGAGGGUAUUUCUGGGGGCAAGGUCAAAGGCUGGGUGACAACUGAAUUUUUUAUUUAACCCACGGCUCAACAGCUGAAUUUGAAUCAUAUUCUGUACAAUAUGUGUUGCCUGACAGUAUCUUGUGUUCUGAAGUUAAAACUGAACGAAUAAUAAUGACAAGAAUACCCAUAGGAGCAUGGCUUUUUGACUAAAGAAAUGUUAAUGAUAUGGAACAGUAUCAAAUGUAUAUGCCAACAGGUUGUAGAUGCCAUGAAGCUGAUUGAAUGGGGUUCUAACUUUCAAGAAUUUUAUAGUGAAUCAAAGUUCCUAACUUAAAAGUUGGCCAGUCCAUACAUUGAAUAUUUUUUCAUUAGUACAUGUAACCCACACUUGUCCUCCAUAACAAAGGAUAUCUUCCUUCCAACCCUUCCUUGGGGGAAUGCUGCAAAUUGGCAGGAUAUAUAGGAUCCCAAAAAUUCUUGUAUUCUUCUGCUACCAUCCACUUAACUGUAUUGGACCAGAUCACCCUGCAAUAAGGUGCCAGGGAUACGGAAGAGCAUGAAUUAGUACCAGCAUUUUGCCCCAUGUGCAACUGAAGAGCAAGUUACUUUCUUGUAAAAUUCUGAUUAAAUAGUUUAAAGAG